GUGACGCGGCUGCUGCUGGAGACGAGCUAAGCUAAGCUAAGCUAAGCUAGCCCUCUCGUCGUGACCAUGGCCGCUCACCUGAAGAAGCGAGUGUACGAAGAGUUCUCUCACUCGAAAGUCCUGCAGAUUCCCCAAGAAGAAGCUCCGGCCAAGAAGUUGCGUCUGUCCAAGCCCAGUAAAUCUGCGGCUCUGCACAUCGACCUGUGCAAGGCCACCAACUCCACCGACGCGCUGCAGUACCUGCUGCAGUUCGCACGCAAGCCCGUGGAGGUGGAGAGCGUGGAGGGCGUGGUCAGGAUCCUGCUGGAGCAUUACUACAAGGAGACAGAUAAUUCUGUGAGGUUGAAGAUCGCCUCUCUGCUGAGUCUUCUCUCCAAAACUCAGGGUUUCGUGCCCGACUGCAUCGUGGAUGACGCCAUCAACACACUCACCAACGAGAAGUCCCACCAGGUCCUCGCUCAGCUGCUGGACACUCUGCUGGUCAUAGGUACACAACUACCUGAGAGUCCUGCAGUCAGACAGAGGCUCAUCGAAGUGGCCUGCAAGCAUCUGUCAGAUACGUACUUCGGCGUGAGGAACAAGUGUCUGCAGCUCCUCGGGUGUCUGGGCACGGUGGACACGCCCCUGAGCAAAGACAGCGAGGGACCAAGCACCUCCACAGCUCCAGGAGCAGUGAGGGACGUCCAGAGCAUCAUAAGCGACUACUUUGGAGACCAGGAGUCCCGGGUCCGCACCGCAGCCCUCAAAGCCAUGCUGCAGCUUCACGAGAGAGGGAUGAAGAUUCAUCAGAUCAUUUAUGAACAGGCCUGCAGGUUGCUGUCAGAUGACUAUGAGCAGGUUCGCUCUGCAGCAGUGCAGAUGGUCUGGGUGCUCAGCCACCUGUACUCAGAGAGCAUCGUGCCCAUCCCAUCCUCCAAUGAAGAGAUCCGACUGGUUGACGACGCGUUUGGGAAGAUCAGUCACAUGGUCAGUGAUGGUUCCUGGAUGGUUCGUGUGCAGGCAGCCAAAACACUGGGUUCGAUGACGCAGGUCAGUCCUCAAUUUCUGGAGCAAACUUUGGAUAAGAAGCUGAUGUCGGAUCUCAGGAGGAAGCGCACGGCUCAUGAACGAGCCAAGGAGCUUUUUGCUUCCGGAGAAUUCUCCUCUGGCAGGAAGUGGGCGGACGACGCCCCGAAGGAGCGUCUGGACAGCAACACGGUUGCCCUCAUCGCCUCGGGAGCCUGCGGCGCCUUCGUCCACGGCCUGGAGGACGAGAUGUUCGAGGUUCGUAUCGCGGCGGUGGACGCGCUGUGCGAGCUGGCUCGCUCGUCUGCCAGCUUCGCCGAGAAGUGUCUGGACUUCCUGGUCGACAUGUUCAACGAUGAGAUCGAGGAAGUGAGGCUGCAGUCCAUCCACGUGCUGAGACAAAUAUCUACUCACAUAACACUCAGAGAGGACCAGCUGGACACUGUGCUGGCUGUGUUGGAGGACAAGUCUCGUGACAUCAGAGAAGCUCUCCAUGAAUUACUGUGUUUCACCAACGUCUCCACUAAAGAGUGCAUCCAGCUGGCUCUGCUGGAGCUGCUGAAGAACCUCAACAAGUAUCCCACCGACCGCAACUCUGUCUGGAAGUGUCUGAAGUUCAUGGGCUCCCGGCACCCGACCCUGGUGCUGCCGCUGGUCUCCGAGCUGCUCAGCACGCACCCGUACUUCGACACACCAGAGCCGGACAUGGACGACCCGGCCUACAUCGCUGUGCUGGUGCUCGUGUUUAACGCGGCCAAAUCCUGUCCCACCAUGCCGGCGCUGUUCUCUGACCACACCUUCAGACACUACGCCUACCUGAGGGACAGUCUGUCACAUCUCGUCCCGCCACUCAGGCUGCCGGGCAGGAAGCAGAUCUACGGUCUGGACUCGGUGGACUCGGGUUGUGGUUCUGGCUCUGUGGAAUCGGCUCAGCUCUUCCUGGUUCAGAGUCUGAACCGGGUCAGCACCAUCCAGAACCUGGAGGCCCCCGGAGCCCAGGACCUGCUGGACUUCACUAUACGGGACUUGCAGCGUCUGGGGGAACUUCAGACCGAACUCGUGGGAGCUGCUGAUUUCUGUGCCACGUACCUGCGCUGCCAGCUGCUGCUCAUGAAGGCUCUGCAGGACAAGCUGUGGAACGUGGCCGUCCCUCUGUGCCUCAAACAGAACGUCACGGCCACAGCAGCCGCUCAGCAGAUCUUAGAGGAAACCUACAAGCUGGAGUUUCUGUACAGUGGUUUGGAAAACAGACAAGUGGCCACAAUACAUCACGUCCGCCUGCAGGCCAAAGCUCUGCAGCUCGUCCUGUCGGCUCGCACCAGGCAAGGGUUGGAUCCUCUCAUCAGCAGCUGUGAGAAGUUCCUGCUGGACGUGGAGUCUUUUCAGAGGCUGUUUCUCACAGAGCUGCCCGGCCUCCAGGACAGUUUUGUGGAUAAACUUCUGGAGCUGAUGCCGCGGCUGUCGUCCUGUAAACCUGCAGAGCUGGUGAAAAUCCUGCAGACGACCCUCAGACAGAGCGGCCUGCUGCAGCUCAAACUGCCCGAACAGAUCCACCGGGCGACCGCCACCAUCAUAGAGCCGACGGGGGAGUCGGACAAUCCGCUGAGGUUCACAUCAGGCCUGGUGGUGGCGCUAGACAUCGACGCAACGCUGGAACACGUCCAGGAUCCUCAGAACAGUGUGAAAGUACAGGUUCUGUAUCCAGACGGUCAGAGUCACGUGAUCCAUCCUAAACCCGGAGACUUCAGGAAACCUGGACCGGACCGACACAGACUCAUCACACAGGUCUACCUCUCGCACACAGCCUGGACGGAGCCGUCUCAGAUCGAGGUGCGCCUCCUGCUGGCCUACAGCUCCUCCUGCACCUCCUCCGCUGCCAAGCAGGGGUGGAGCGACAGCAUCGACGGCAUCCCACCACCGGAGGCCGCCGUCGAGGGAACGAUUCAGUUCAGCAAGCCAGUCAAAGUGUUCAUCAUGCCCAAACCCACCCGACGCUAACCAGACACACAAAAGACUUUCACGCACACAAGAGUGUUGUUUUCACCCAUGUUUUCAUUUGUACUGUUUAGUGCUUCUAAUUAAGACAAACCCAUGUGAAGGAGAUUCAUUCUCUUAUUUUAUUUUCUGUAGCAAACAAGCAGACAAACCUUCAUAUCAUGAAAACAUUCAUCGACUUCACAGCAACCAGUGAAUGAUCUUUACACAAAAGGUCAAAGAUCAAUCUGAUUUAAAGUCGACUUUGAAAUAACAUCAACGACAAACUGAAUUUCUCUGCCCACAGAUUUUCUUCAUCUAGAGGCAAAUAUACAAAAGUGAAAAGAGUUCACUGAUUUAUAAUCUUUUAUAUAAAUUGUCUUAAGUCGCCAGUGAUCUUCUACAGCGCAGCAAACACAUCCUGAGGACUUUCACACUCUAAGAUUAGAACUGUUGUUUCAGUAUCAGUGAGAUCUGCAGGAGGAAACCACCGGUUCACACCAGACGGUGGAACACGGCGCCGCCAUCGUCUGUCGGUCAUUUCCUCCGGUGCACGAACACGGGGCGCGUCCUCAACAGGUGGAGUGAAAGACUCCGCCCACCUUGACCCCCUGACCGACCAGUUUGUUGUAUUCAGCAACGGCCUUCUCCGUCUGCAGGACUCUGACGUCCACACCGCUCUGCUUCACAAAGUCCAGAGUGGUGGAGGGAACCUGAGGAGACACGACCACAGACUUAACACUGCAGAAACCAACACAAUAAAUCACCAAUGUGGCUGCAGGGGGCGCUGUUGCUCAGUAAAAGUUACACAGGAUGCGUUUCAGGUGCGUCUGACAGAGCAGAAUCACAUGUUUUACUCAAUAAACACGAUCCAGCGUAUUUUUUCCCCCUUAAA